CGCCUGCCCGGGUCUUUCCUCGUUUCCCUCGGCGCUGGACGUGGGAGCACCGCGCGAAAGCUAUGACUCCUGCACUGUCCAAAGGCACGAUGUUCCCCCUGGAGGGCAUGUGAUGAGUCGGAGAGCUUGGCUUCAGAGUGCUCGGAACCUGAGGAACUGCCGAAGACUCGGUGCCCGGCCCUGACCACCAGAGAGCCCGCAACACAAUGAACAAACUGAGCUUCCAUAGCAACAGAGUCAUGCAGGACCGCCGGAGCGUGUGCAUUUUCCUUCCCAACGACGAAUCUCUGAACAUCAUCAUCAACGUUAAAAUUCUGUGUCACCAGUUGCUGGUCCAGGUGUGUGACCUUCUCAGGCUAAAGGAUUGUCACCUCUUUGGACUCAGUGUCAUACAAAAUAAUGAACAUGUUUAUAUGGAGUUGUCACAAAAACUUUAUAAAUAUUGCCCAAAAGAAUGGAAAAAAGAGGCCAGCAAGGUACGCCAAUACGAAGUCACUUGGGGUAUUGACCAGUUUGGACCACCUAUGAUCAUCCAUUUCCGUGUGCAGUACUAUGUAGAAAAUGGCAGAUUAAUCAGUGACAGAGCAGCAAGAUUCUAUUAUUACUGGCACCUGAGAAAACAAGUGCUUCAUUCUCAGUGUGUGCUCCGGGAGGAGGCCUACUUCCUGCUGGCAGCCUUUGCCUUGCAGGCUGAUCUUGGAAACUUCAAAAGAAAUAAGCACUAUGGAAAAUACUUUGAGCCAGAGGCUUACUUCCCAUCUUGGGUUGUUUCCAAGCGGGGGAAGGACUACAUCCUGAAGCACAUUCCAAACAUGCACAAGGAUCAGUUUGCACUGACCGCUUCCGAGGCCCAUCUGAAAUACAUCAAAGAGGCUGUCCGCCUGGAUGAUGUGGCAGUGCACUACUACAGAUUGUACAAGGAUAAAAGAGAAAUUGAAGCUUCCCUGACCCUGGGAUUGACAAUGCGGGGGAUACAGAUUUUCCAGAAUUUAGAUGAAGAGAAGCAGUUACUUUAUGAUUUCCCCUGGACAAACGUUGGAAAGUUGGUGUUUGUGGGUAAGAAGUUUGAGAUUUUGCCAGACGGUCUGCCCUCGGCCAGGAAGCUCAUCUACUACACGGGGUGCCCCACACGCUCCAGACACCUCCUGCAGCUCCUGAGCAACAGCCACCGCCUCUACAUGAAUCUGCAGCCUGUGCUGCGCCAUAUUCGGAAGCUGGAGGAAAACGAAGAGAAGAAGCAGUACCGGGAGUCCUACAUCAGCGACAACCUGGACCUGGACAUGGACCAGCUGGAGAAGCGGUCGCGGGCCAGUGGGAGCAGCGCCGGCAGCUUGAAGCACAAGCGCCUCUCGCGCCAUUCCACCACCAGCCACAGCAGCUCCCACACCUCGGGAAUCGAGGCAGACCCCAAGCCGCGGGACACCGGCCCGGAGGACGGCUACUCGGGCAGCGCCAUCCACCGCAGGCUGCGAACCUGCAGCUCCAUGACCAGCCACGGCAGCUCCCACACCUCGGGAGUAGAGAGCGGUGGCAAGGACCGGCUGGAGGAGGACUCCCAGGACGACGAAAUAGAGAUGUUGGUAGAUGACCCCAGAGACCUGGAGCAGACAACCGAAGAGUCCCUGGAAGUCAGCCCGGACAUGUGCAUCUGCAUCACGGAGGACAUGCUGUCUCGCAAGCUGAACGGACACUCUGGAUUAAUUGUAAAGGAAAUUGGCUCGUCCACCUCCAGUUCCUCAGAGACCGUGAUCAAGCUUCGUGGCCAGAGUACUGAUUCUCUUCCACAGACUAUUUGUCGAAAACCAAAGACCUCCACCGAUAGACACAGCUUGAGCCUCGAUGACAUCAGACUUUACCAGAAAGACUUCUUGCGCAUAGCGGGUCUGUGUCAGGACACUGCUCAGAGCUACACCUUUGGAUGUGGCCACGAACUGGACGACGAUGGCCUCUACUGCAACAGCUGCCUGGCUCAGCAGUGCAUGAACAUCCAAGACACGUUUCCCGUCAAAAGAACCAGCAAGUACUUCUCUCUGGAUCUCACUCACGAUGACGUCCCAGAGUUCGUUGUAUAAAGCCCUCCUGCGAGCAGCCUGCUGUUGCCUGGGGCUGUGUAAGCCAUGAGUCUUUUCUCUCUUGCUCAUGCCGUAUUUUCUUCACCCCAAACUUAGCUCUUCCUUUGUAUUUGUGAUGGAAACAAAAGCCUGGGGACAAUUGCACUUUAAGUAUUAUGCCGAAGUGACAUUAACCACAGAGACUGGGCAGCGACACGGAUGCGCUACUGUUUACCAAGCUCUCAGAAUUUGGGACGGUGGUAUGUGCUUGUUCGUUUGUUUUGUUUUCCAGAUCGAUUAUGCUUAACACCACAUCAUCCGUCAAGUGAAAGAUGGUUUGGAUUCAUUUGUAAGUUUGUUGUUGUUGAUGUUCUUUGUACUUUCUUUUUUCACCACUCCCUCAUGAAAUGCAUAUGUUUGAGGGAGGAGAAGGUAGGGUCUCACUUCUUUGUGCAGAGAGAACAUUGCCUACUUACAUAGCCAUUAUUGCCUCACUCGGGCUAGCCCAAAGGGAACUCUAGGAAGUGGUCAAAGUCAUUUGGGUCUAGAAAGCCAAAGAUAAGUGUCCAUGCCAGUCCAGAAUCAAGAAGACGUGAUUUAAGCAAUAAGCAGAAGGCUAUGCAUGAUGCGAUGCCUUGCGACUCCUUCACGCCUGGUCAGUGCCAUAUCCCCACGUCGGUCGUCCAGAAAGCUCUAGGACUCCAUGCAGUUCCUCAUCCAAGUUCACAGAUCAACUAUGCUCACAUCACAAGGUGUAUUGUGAAGUUUACAGAACUGUUGUUAAAACUGUGGAGGUGUAUUAGAAGAUGUUUCUGCUCAGCGGCGAUUUUUUUGCUUGCUUAUUUUUAAUCACUAACAAAUUAUGGUGAUCCUAGUUUCUGCUCAACCAAAGUACCCUAACUAUAUGCCUGUGUUAUCCAGAUGGAAAUGCAUAGAGUGCUUACUUUCUUCACGUGGGUUUCUGUGACCCUUGUGUGAUACUUGUCACACACCUGGAGUGAAUGAUAGCAGCCUUGUGCGUGCCUGCAGACAAUCGACUGAUAGAGAGUUAGGGUAACUGUGUGCCCACGUGUCUUUUGCUGUGAUUCUCAGCCCUGAUGGUGUAAUAGAAUUAUUUGGGGAGCUUUGCCGGGCUGGGGAAACACCAAUGCCUGGUUCCCACCCUACAUCAGUUCAGUCGGUCUGAUGGUGAGGCCCCUGACAGAAUUACCUGUUCUUUUAAAGUUCACCAAAUGGAUCUCCCACGUAGCAGGAUUGAAAACCAGUGACCCAGAGGAUGUUGCUUUGUUUUGAACUCAUUUGGAAGGAAGAGUAUGCAAGAAACACAAAUAUAUCCGAAAGGGCCAUUUUUAAGUCAGUUCCUUCGGUGCUGCCGUUGAUGGUAUGUCAUGACCCCAAGUCAGGAACUUGCUAUUAACCUUUUGCUAUAUGGAAAAUGUACUUCACACUUCAGGAGAGAACUUCCUAGCACAAUGUCUUUCUAUGAGAGGUUUUUAAUGAUUUAGUAUUUUACAUUUGUUUACCAUAUUUUGAUACACCCUAUUUUCUACCUGCCAGGUUUUAUUAACAAAACAAAGCAAAAGCCGUGUAUUAUUUUCUAAAGAAAGUCAUAUUUUUAUACAAAAUUAUGUUUUCAGGUAACAGAAAUAGACUUAGGGUACAGCAGAGCCUAAGCAGUGUUACUCAUCGACGCGAGUCAGUAUUACAGAACUGAACAAAGGUGAGCGCGGGGCGGAGCCCACCCGCGCUGCACCACGCGUGCCUGUGCACGAUGUGACGUGGUCAGUGUAUCCGCCAGAGACCUUGUCAGAUGAGCUCAACCUGACCUUACUUAAAGGGAGAGAAAUGGGGGGGCGGGGCAGAGGAGAUUCUAUAGAGAUCUAUAGUCAUGAAUUAUUUUGCUUUGAUCGAAAAAGAACCAAAGUUUCAGAUACCAGCAUAUGUAUAGAUGAGUCCCAUUCUCCGCGUCACAGGGUAAAAGUCUGGCGGGACCCUCUGUGACGAGUUUGUCAUUGCAUUACCGUGUCUUACAGACGCUCCGGGGGCAAACCCUCGAGGGCCACAGCAUGGGGCGGUGCAUUUCUUUAGCUCUUAGUUUUUCUUAUAAACAUGAAGGGUGGGCUUGGAGGCGGGGUCAUAUUUAAUUAAGCAAGCAGGGCUUUAUACUCUUCUUUCCUCUCUCCUUCAGCCAGAGUCAGGGUGCAGGGUUUCACCAGCCUGGGGGGCGGUUUGCACACCCACUUCUGAUUGGAUUCAUGGGGCGCCCUGUAGGUUUUCCAGAUGAAACAUGCUAAGGAGCAGUUUUGCUUUUUGACCCACUGUGUGCAGCAGAAUUUCAUAUAUAUGUAUAUCUGGAAAUCCAUUUUGAAAAAAAUUACAUUUUUGUAUUUGGAAGUUGUUCAAAAAAAGAAAGAAAGAAAAGUGUAAAGCUGUUAUUUAUUCUGCCUUUGUUACAUGUCCAUUGCUAGCCAAUAUACCAAUUUGGUAUAUAAUGCCUCUAUACUCUUGACAUUUGUAUUUGCAACAAUGAGCUUUAUAUCAACAUAAACUGUAAAUAAUCCUUUCUGUGAAAGGAUCAUCAUAUCAGGAUGAUACCAAACGUGUGUUUAAAAAAAAAGAAAAAACUGCAUUAUUUUGGAAUUAUUUCUGAUAGGUAUUUCGUGGUAAGAUUAACAGUCAAUAAAGUUACUUUUUAUUUGUC